AUGGUCCUUGAUGGCAAAAAGGUUCCCCACCCCUGGUGUGGAGGAAAGAGGAAGCCCGAGGAGGAGCAGCAGUGGUGGCAAAAAGGUUCCCCACCCCUGGUGUGGAGGAAAGAGGAAGCCCGAGGAGGAGCAGCAGUGGUGGCAAAAAGGUUCCCCACCCCUGGUGUGGAGGAAAGAGGAAGCCCGAGGAGGAGCAGCAGUGGUGGCAAAAAGGUUCCCCACCCCUGGUGUGGAGGAAAGAGGAAGCCCGAGGAGGAGCAGCAGUGGUGGCAAAAAGGUUCCCCACCCCUGGUGUGGAGGAAAGAGGAAGCCCGAGGAGGAGCAGCAGUGGUGGCAAAAGGUUCCCCACCCCUGGUGUGGAGGAAAGAGGAAGCUCGAGGAGGAGCAGCAGUGGUGGCAAAGGUUCCCCACCCCUGGUGUGGAGGAAAGAGGAAGCCCGAGGAGGAGCAGCAGUGGUGGCAAAAGGUUCCCACCCCUGGUGUGGAGGAAAGAGGAAGCCCGAGGAGGAGCAGCAGUGGUGGCAAAAGGUUCCCCACCCCUGGUGUGGAGGAAAUAGGAAGCCCGAGGAGGAGCAGCAGUGGUGGCAAAAGGUUCCCCACCCCUGGAAAGAGGAAGCCCGAGGAGGAGCAGCAGUGGUGGCAAAAGGUUCCCCACCCCUGGUGUGGAGGAAAGAGGAAGCCCGAGGAGGAGCAGCAGUGGUGGCAAAAAGGUUCCCCACCCCUGGUGUGGAGGAAAGAGGAAGCCCGAGGAGGAGCAGCAGUGGUGGCAAAAGGUUCCCCACCCCUGGUGUGGAGGAAAGAGGAAGCCCGAGGAGGAGCAGCAGUGGUGGCAAAAGGUUCCCCACCCCUGGUGUGGAGGAAAGAGGAAGCCCGAGGAGGAGCAGCAGUGGUGGCAAAAGGUUCCCCACCCCUGGUGUGGAGGAAAGAGGAAGCCCGAGGAGGAGCAGCAGUGGUGGCAAAAGGUUCCCCACCCCUGGUGUGGAGGAAAGAGGAAGCCCGAGGAGGAGCAGCAGUGGUGGCAAAAAGGUUCCCCACCCCUGGUGUGGAGGAAAGAGGAAGCUCGAGGAGGAGCAGCAGUGGUGGCAAAAAGGUUCCCCACCCCUGGUGUGGAGGAAAGAGGAAGCCCGAGGAGGAGCAGCAGUGGUGGCAAAAAGGUUCCCCACCCCUGGUGUGGAGGAAAGAGGAAGCCCGAGGAGGAGCAGCAGUGGUGGCAAAAAGGUUCCCCACCCCUGGUGUGGAGGAAAUAGGAAGCCCGAGGAGGAGCAGCAGUGGUGGCAAAAAGGUUCCCCACCCCUGGUGUGGAGGAAAGAGGAAGCUCGAGGAGGAGCAGCAGUGGUGGCAAAAAGGUUCCCCACCCCUGGUGUGGAGGAAAGAGGAAGCCGAGGAGGAGCAGCAGUGGUGGCAAAAGGUUCCCCACCCCUGGUGUGGAGGAAAGAGGAAGCCCGAGGAGGAGCAGCAGUGGUGGCAAAAGGUUCCCCACCCCUGGUGUGGAGGAAAGAGGAAGCCCGAGGAGGAGCAGCAGUGGUGGCAAAAAGGUUCCCCACCCCUGGUGUGGAGGAAAGAGGAAGCCCGGGGAGGAGCAGCAGUGGUGGCAAAAAGGUUCCCCACCCCUGGUGUGGAGGAAAGAGGAAGCCCGAGGAGGAGCAGCAGUGGUGGCAAAAAGGUUCCCCACCCCUGGUGUGGAGGAAAGAGGAAGCCCGAGGAGGAGCAGCAGUGGUGGCAAAAAGGUUCCCCACCCCUGGUGUGGAGGAAAGAGGAAGCCAGAGGAGGAGCAGCAGUGGUGGCAAAUACUUAUGUAAAAAUACUUUAA